GAGUUUGAAUUUAUUACCCCGGCUGGUGAAGCACUGAUACAAGAUAUUCCAAUAAGCAAUGUGACUCAGCAAGACUGGAAAUUAAGAGCCAUUCUUCAAGGUGAUCGAUUCUAUGGGCCACCAUUCUUGUAUGUCCCAGCAGGGGAGACAGCGCAGUAUUCUGUAAUGUUUAAACCUAUUUCUAAAUGUUUCAGCACAGGCAAACUAUUGCUUCAAAAUGAAACAGAUGGUACCGAACAUAUAUUUGGCCUCAAAGGCAUUGGGCAAGAACCCCUGGCUCUUGAUCAUAUAGUGAUAAAUUGCCAAGUGAGACAAAUUACACAGAAGGUCCUUAUGGUGCCCAAUUAUACAAAUGACAGAUUGACAUUUAAGGUGGUGUCAGAUAUUCCAGUCAUUAGUGGACCUCAAACCUUAACUGUAAAGCCAGGAACAUCAUCUUCCUAUACUCUUAGCAUAUCUCCAUGGAAACGUGGCUUGUUCCAAGGUAAUAAGAUUGUAUAUAUGUGUGACAUC